GGAAGUGGAAUAGAAUCAGGGGAGCUUACUCAUACAAGAAGUGGAAUGGAAUCAGGGGAGCUUACUCAUUCAGGAAGUGGAAUAGAAUCAAGGGAACUUACUCAUACAAGAAGUGGAAUGGAAUCAGGGGAGCUUAAUCAUACAGGAAGUGGAAUAGAAUCAGGAGAGUUUACUCAUUCAGGAAGUGGAAUAGAAUCAAGGAAACUAACUCAUACAAGAAGUGGAAUGGAAUCAGGGGAGCUUACUCAUACAGGAAGUGGAAUGGAAUCGGGGGAGCUUACUAUUACAGGAAGUGGAAUAGAAUCUAGGAAACUAACUCAUAGGACUCACUCCACUAAAAUAUUUAAUGCAAAUGAUUGUAUAGGAAUGUAG